AUGGGAGAGGCCAACUUCCAAACUGUAAAAGAGUUCCUCAAUGGCAUCAUAACAUCAUUCAAGAAGGUUCCAGUAGGGAAGGAUGGCAUCAGGUUUGGAGUUACACUUUACAGUGACCAUCCCAGAACAGAAAUUGCACUUACUGACUAUGGAACAAUUGAAGAGGUUUUGGUUGCCAUCAGAGAUCUUCCCUUUCAAGGGGGAAAUACAAAAACAGGAGCAGCACUAAGCUUUCUGGAACAUUCAGAACUCAGUUCUACAAUGACAAGACAGAACACACCAAAGAUAAUGGUUUUGGUCACGGAUGGGAAGUCUGCCGACUCUGUUGAGGAGCCAGCCACAAGAUUGCACGACAGAGGGGUGACUGUGUUUACAGUGGGAAUAAAAAAUGCAGACAAAAAUGAAUUGAAGAACAUUGCUUCUGAUCCAUUUGAAGAGCACUAUUUAUUUGUGGAGGACUUUGAACUGCUCAGUACCAUUUUGGCUAAAGUAUCCAGAAGACUUUGUUUCACAGCUUCAGAGCCUCCAAGACCAGUAAGGACUACGCUGUUGGCAGAAAAGAUCAUUGGCCCGCGGGAUUUGGUGAUUAGUGAAUUGAGUUACAGCUCAAUGAGAUUGUCCUGGACUCCAGCUACAGGAGGUGUGAUGAGCUACAGAGUUGUCAUCAGCCCAUAUUCAUCUGCUGGAAGACUGAUGCCAGGAGAGGAGAGACAGAUUGUUAUAGAUGGCAAUGACCAUACAAUACUUGUGACAAACCUAAAACCCAGUACGGAGUAUUCUUUAACCGUGGUUGCUGUGUAUGCUGAUGCAAUUGGGGAUCUCGCAACUGUCAAUGGAAAAACAAAUGCCCUGCCUCGUGUGAUUAACUUCCGAGUGAUUGAGAAAGGAUUAUUUAACCUAAAGGUGGCCUGGACUCUUCCUUUAAGGCCAUUGGUGGGUUACAAGAUCUACAUACCAAGAAUUAACAGACCUGGACUGGCCUAUGAACAGAAUAUCAAAGGAGAUGUGUCGUUUCACGUAAUAGACAAUCUGGAGGAAGACCAGGUCUAUACCAUCAGCAUCUACGCUGUGUACCCCGAGGGUCCCAGUGAUCCUGUGUCCACCACUGGCAGAACAUUGAAACUCACAGCGGUGAGGAAACUAUUUUUGGAGAAUAUUACAACAGAUACCAUACAGGCAAAGUGGCUACCAGUUAAAGGCGCAUCUGGCUACAGACUUACAUGGGGAUCAUCUGAAGGAGACCUGCAGAAUGUCAAUUUAGGUGAAGCCUACCAGUUCUAUAUGAUCCGGGGUCUGCAAGCUGGUACUGAAUACACUGUUACUAUCAACCCAAUUUUUGGCAAUGUAGAAGGCCCAGUGGUCUCUGGGAAGAUUAUGACGUUGGCAACAAGUUCUGUCCAUAUUCUGCGAGCAUCGUCCAUCACUACAAGCAGUGCCACCAUCACGUGGAACACUGUCCAAGGUGCUACAGGAUAUAGAUUAGCAUGGGGCCCCACACCAGAGUUCAUUGGGAGUGACCGGCCCCGUCAAGUGGCUUUGAACAGCAGCACAACAUCAUAUCAACUCAAAAAUCUGGUUUCCAAUACAGAAUAUGUCUUAUCCCUUUAUGUAGUCUUUGGUUCUGCUGUGGGCCCUGGGAUGACAGCAACUAUGAAAACAAGUCCACUUAGUCACGUAUCAAACUUUAGAGUGACCACAUACACCAAUACCUCAGUGUCUGUAGUCUGGGGUGCUACUGUCGGAGCAACAGAGUACAAGAUAACAUGGAGUCCGACAUCAGGUGGUACUCAGACUCAAUAUGUGGAUCGCAGCACGCUGUCUUACCAUAUUGGACACCUAAACCCUGGAACUCGCUAUACUAUUAGCAUCAAUGCUGUGUACAGGAAUUCUGAGGGGCCUGCAGCAUCUCUUUCUCAAAAGACAGCUUCUCCAGAUUCUGAACAAGUCCAAUCAGUGAAGGAACUGAAAGUCAUCGAAACUGGAUCCAACAGCUUAAAACUCUCAUGGAAAAAGAUGCCUGGCAUUUCAGGAUACAGAAUAUCUUGGGCUCUGCUGCGAGGAGGUCCUGAGAGGACAAGAAUUGUCCCGGCCGAUGCAACACUCCAUGUGUUAAAUGGAUUGCUAGAGAGUUCUACAUACACUAUCCGAGUCUCGACUAUGGUUGGAAGCAGACAAGGAAUGCCCGUUGUCAUCUCAGCUCAGACACUUUUUAGGCUGUUUCUGGUGCAAGGCUUCCCAGCAGCCCAUACUCGCUUCACAACAUAG